UAUCUACAAUUUAACAUUAAUAUUUAACGUUAUAUUGAUGCAUUAUAAUAUUUUGGAAUACAUUAUUAAAACUCCAGAAAAUUUAUUCUAAUAAUGUAUAGAAAAUAUACUAUUGAGAAAAGUUUAUAUAUAUAAUAAAGAGAUUUGUAGGCUCUUUUACAUUUAAGAUAAUGUAAGCCACACAUUUUGAAAAGAAAAGAACAGAUUUAAACUACAAACAUUUACUAGGAAAUUAACUACUUGCGAACAUCCACUUUACUUUUAAAUAACGAUGAGAGGUGUUUGAUUGCGGUGAAUAUUAAUUGCAACACAGUAACAGGAUUUAUCCCAAUUUGUGCUUCAAAGCACGGUCUUGUUUUUCCACUAGGGCACCAUACGUGCAACGGAGUUUCUCCUAGACGUUUCUUGUUGUUCCAUCCCUGGACCCAUCUGGACGAGGGCAAUGACCGCAGGCCGAUACUUCGUAUAUCCUGAUAACUCGCCUCCUGCACAGGUAUGAUAAGUAAUGGAUAGACGAUGGAAUACCGUAUUUUUACGACGUUAAUCAAUAAUUCGUCUCCGAUUCAGGAUCGUCAACGAGGCAUCUUUCCGCCGAUUAUUCCGUCGGAACGUUGGAAAUUACUGCAACGGCCGAAAGAUAACGGUGGUUCUGAGAUAGGAACGGCAACGCGACAGGAUAACAGAAGGAGAAAAUUACUGUGUCGGCGGAGAGUGACGCCUGCGCAGGAACAUAUGAUACUUCCUUAUAUUAUACGGCGAUAUAGACUAAAAUCCACUUAAUAAGGAACAUCUUUUCAAUCAGGUGGAAAUUUGUAAUCAGAUCCUAAUUGCUCGGGUAAUUUAAAUCGUGUCUAAUCAGAGUUCGCAAUAUUUAUUCAACCUUCUUUUGGCGAGGAUUCCGUGUUAAUUGUAUUCAAAUGCCGGAAUAUAAUCUUUCUCGCGAAAGAAGCUGCGGCCGCACCGCAAAAUCGCAUAUUUGCUAUGGAAACGCGUUCAUCGAGCUCGAAAGUGGCCACGGGACUAGAGUACGGUUCUACGAGGCUCUGAAGAGUCUGCAGUUAUAGGAGGCGAACAAACACACAAGGAGCGCCUUUCAAUCGUAAUUGGAACCGCAGGGACCUGACCAACGUCCGUGUUCAAGCACUCCUUUUCCCAUAACCAUCAUUCUUCGAGAGUGUCUCCGCUUCUCUAUAAGAGAAACACAAUAGACGGUUGAUUCUCGUCGCGAAGCGGUUUCUCACCAACGAAAUCCCAUUUGUACAACAUGGUACAACACAAACGCAUAGAAAAGCGAAAUAGGCAGGAGAGAAGCGCCCUAAGAUGAGAUUUCGGAUCACCCACGAGGGAGGAGCAAACGUCGCAAAUUGCCGAUAACGAUCAGCCAGCGGGAGUGAUGCUUUUCUCGUCUUAUAUCGCAGAUAUCUUGAUUGAAUUCGCUGAGAUUAUCGCUGAUUUCAAUAAUUUUGUCUUGUUUACAUAUUCUGUAUAUUUUGCCGAAAUAUCUUAUUAUUAUUCUUACAAGCUCUAUGUACUCGACGACGCGCGUCUUGUUGACUUCAAUCUCGGAUGAUUUCUCGCGAUGCAGCGUCCAACGUACACGCUUAUGCGGCUGCAUGUCGGCAGGUGCUUUAAAAGGGGUAAAAUGGUAGUGCGAUUACACAAUUUUGUCAUGAUAUGUACGCGCAUUGGAUAGUUUGAAGUAAUGUAUUAAAAUAAAUACUACCCUCUCUCGGAGAUUUAUUAUGCCUGAUUGUUACCGCGUCGGGCUCCUCUUGGAGUUCUAUAACGAAGCCAACAAGCACGAGACGACCGAGACUGAUAACAGCGGUAACUCGGCAAGAGUGCAAUCUCGAUUGAGGAUUGUGAGCGUUGUGAGUGCGUUGCUUCGCCAAUGGCGAUGAUGCAGGAACACAAGUCUUUCUUGAUCAGAGAUCUUUUGGGAGAUGUAUUGGCCGAUCGUGUUCAAGAAGAUUCGGAGGACGAUUCGGCCGUCCAUUCGGAUUCCGAGGAUACCAUUGAUCCUGGCAGUAGUCCUUGCAUGCGUCUAGAAAGUCCCCCAUCGGCGCAUUCACCGUCGCCAGGUCCAGCGACUACGUCUGCAAAGUCUUGCGGAGUGACCACCAAUGCACCGCCGACCAGUAGAAAACCACGAAGACGACGAACCGCUUUUACUCACGCUCAGCUGGCUUAUCUCGAGAGAAAAUUUCGUUGUCAGAAAUAUCUCAGCGUGGCGGACCGCAGUGAUGUCGCUGAUGCUUUGUCGCUCUCGGAGACUCAAGUGAAAACUUGGUAUCAAAACAGAAGAACGAAAUGGAAGCGGCAGAAUCAGCUACGAUUAGAACAGUUGCGCCAUCAAGCCACUGUCGAGAAGGAUCUUCUGGUACGUAGCGUCGGUCUUCAUCACGGUAGCAUAGACGCUUAUUGCUCGCCAUAUAAUACACAAACGCAAACCAGCCAUCCGCCGCCGCCACCACCGCCGCCGCCGGCACCGUCUACCGCUUCCACGGCUGCGUUUCUGUCGACGGCAGCCGCGCUUUUCCGAAAUGUCACCUACGUCCACGGCUGCCCGCUCUAACCCGCAUGAUCUCCAAAAUCUCAAGAUAAUUUUUGAGUCUGAAGAGAGCUAGAGAUCUCCCCGCGUCCGAAAAAACAUUUCGACAAACUACUUGUGUCGUGAGUGCUAUAUAUAUAUAUAAGCUAUAACUUGAAACAAGUGUUUUAAAAUAUCUUUAAUCACUUUAAACCUUUCUUAAUUACUAGUGCGUUAAAUGGAUUUAUUUUAACAAAUUAGUUUACACAGUAAUGGAUAACAAAAGGUGCCCGCGUGUACAUAUUACAGUUUUUUUUCUUUCCUCGGGUGAUUAUGUUUUUUUUUUAAUUACGCGUUCUGUUUAGGAUUUGUAUAUUGUUCUUGUGUAAAAAUUGUCUAGGAUGAGAAAUGAUGGGGUAACAAGAAGUGAAUUAUAUCCAUUCUAUGUUAAUUCUAUCGUCUGCGCGAUUGAAUUG